UUUAAACAAAAAAAUAAAUAUCUUUAUUUUAUAAAGAGAGGUUGGUCACCUUGGUCUUAUCAGUCUCACAUAAAGAUUCCUAGUCGUUACAGCUCUCUCUUUUUCUCAUCUCUUUCUCACUUACACACAACACCAAGUAGAUUCCCUCUUCACCAGAAUGGCCACCACCGACGAAUCUUACGACGACGACGUCUCACCUAUUGAAGAAGUCCGUUUAACGGUAACAAACACCGACGACCAUACACUACCGGUUUGGACGUUUAGGAUGUGGUUCUUGGGUCUAAUCUCAUGUGCACUCCUCUCUUUCCUUAACCAAUUCUUCUCGUACCGGACAGAACCGCUUGUCAUCACUCAAAUCACGGUUCAAGUCGCUACACUCCCCAUAGGUCAUUUCUUGGCCAAGGUGCUUCCCAAAACUCAGUUUGGAAUACCGGGAUUUGGGUCAACCCGGUUCUCGUUGAACCCAGGUCCGUUUAACAUGAAGGAGCAUGUGUUGAUCUCGAUUUUCGCUAAUGCGGGUAGUGCGUUCGGAUCCGGGUCGGCUUAUGCGGUUGGUAUCGUCACAAUUAUUAAAGCUUUCUAUCGCAAAAACAUCUCUUUCAUUGCUGGCUGGCUCCUCAUCAUCACUACACAGGUAUUGGGAUAUGGAUGGGCCGGUUUACUAAGGAAAUACGUUGUUGAACCGGCUCACAUGUGGUGGCCUAGCACUUUGGUUCAAGUGUCACUGUUUCGGGCACUGCAUGAGAAGGAUGAGCAAAGGAUGACGAGAGCAAAAUUCUUUGUAAUAGCAUUAGUCUGCAGUUUCGGAUGGUACAUAGUCCCUGGCUAUCUCUUCACGACACUCACAAGCAUAUCAUGGAUAUGUUGGGCAUUUCCACGAUCAGUCACUGCUCAACAGAUUGGUUCAGGAAUGAGAGGUCUCGGUCUUGGAGCCUUUACACUAGACUGGACCGCGGUUGCUUCCUUCUUGUUCAGUCCACUCAUUAGCCCCUUUUUCGCCAUCGCUAAUGUUUUCAUCGGCUAUGUUCUUUUGAUCUACAUCGUGUUGCCUUUAUCUUAUUGGGGAUUUGAUGCUUACAACGCUACGAGGUUCCCUAUAUUCUCAUCGCACUUGUUCACAUCGGUUGGUCAGACGUACAAUAUCCCUGCGAUCGUGAAUGAUAAGUUUGAGCUCGAUUUAGCUAAGUAUGAGCAACAAGGAAGGAUUAACUUGAGCACGUUCUUUGCUAUGACUUAUGGGCUUGGUUUCGCUACCAUUGCUUCUACACUCACUCAUGUAGCUCUCUUCUACGGCAGGGAAAUUACCGAGAGGUUUCGAGUUUCGUACAAAGGCAAAGAGGAUGUACAUACUAGGUUAAUGAAGAGAUAUAAAGACAUACCUUCAUGGUGGUUCUACUCAAUGCUGGGUGCAACACUUCUGAUCUCUCUUGCGUUAUGUAUUUUCUUGAACGAUCAGGUUCAAAUGCCUUGGUGGGGACUUGUGUUUGCUAGUGCCAUGGCUUUCGUCUUCACACUUCCCAUCAGCAUCAUAACCGCAACAACUAACCAAACACCGGGGUUGAAUAUAAUAACGGAGUAUGCAAUGGGAAUCAUCUACCCGGGAAGACCUAUUGCAAAUGUAUGCUUCAAAGUCUACGGAUACAUGAGUAUGGCACAAGCUGUCUCUUUCUUAAAUGACUUCAAACUUGGUCAUUACAUGAAGAUCCCACCAAGAUCCAUGUUCUUGGUUCAGUUCAUCGGUACAAUUCUUGCUGGAACAAUUAACAUAACUGUUGCAUGGUGGCAACUAAACACUAUUACCAACAUAUGUCAAGAAGAACUUCUACCACCCAACAGUCCAUGGACAUGUCCGGGCGACCGUGUUUUCUUCGAUGCAUCGGUCAUUUGGGGACUGGUCGGACCAAAACGAAUCUUUGGCUCUCAAGGAAACUACGCAGCCAUGAACUGGUUCUUCCUCGGUGGUGCAAUAGGGCCGGUGAUAGUGUGGUUAUGCCACAAAGCGUUUCCGAAACGUUCUUGGAUUCCGCUAGUGAACCUCCCGGUUCUUCUAGGAGCAACCGCGAUGAUGCCGCCAGCGACCGCGGUGAACUACAACUCAUGGAUCUUGGUCGGGACGAUAUUCAACCUUUUUGUGUUCCGGUACAGGAAAAGUUGGUGGCAAAGGUAUAACUACGUGCUUUCAGCUGCGAUGGACGCUGGUGUAGCGUUCAUGGCGGUUUUGUUGUACUUCUCGGUAGGGAUGGAGGAUAAGAGUUUGGAUUGGUGGGGAACACAAGGUGAACAUUGUGAUCUAGCUAGGUGUCCUACCGCUAGAGGUGUGAUUGUUAAAGGUUGUCCGGUUGUAUGAUCUUAUAUUUCAUUGCUGUGUUACAAAAAUGUAUUAUAUCGAUAUUUAUAAACAAAUAAAUUAAUUAAAAUUCGCAAUUAUAAAAGCACAA